AUGGAACAAGGCAAGGUUGACUACGCUGAUCUCUCCAACAAGCUACAAUAUGCAGAACAGCUCCUGGAAAGGGCAAAGGCCGACUUCAGAGACAAGAACGAAACAUUGGCAAAUUGUGUGCCAGGUAGCCAGGAUGUCCAAGCUUAUCUGCAAGACGUCGAAUUCCAUCUGGAAAUGAGACCCAAUGUCACUGACAAAAAUAGACUCUAUUUGCUCCGAACGACAUCCAGCCCUGAAGCGCCCAGUUUCCUGGACCGGCAGCCUGCACACACAAAGACUGAUUACCACCUGCUCCGAGAAGCCAUCAUCCAAGAAUUCGCUGACCCUGAGUCAGAACAAGGACUAGUGGCUGCCCUGGAGACGAAACAAGGUCGUCAUGAAUCUCCCCAAGCCUACUACAGCCGACUCAGACGAGCAUACUUUGGAACUCACAACGAACCGAAUAUGGAAGACGAUCUGAACUUCAAAACUCUCUUCCUGAGAAACCUCCAUCCUGGAGUAAGCCACCAUCUUGGUGUUCUCGCAUGUCCGCGAACAAUGAAUGCUCAACAGUUGCGAGACUUGGCGCAUAAAGCCUACGGCAAACAAAAGAUGGCCUCGGAAAAGGGCUCCAAACCCACGGCAGUUCUUGACUUCAACACUCAAACUCAGGAGCUGGCUCUAGAGGGCGCCCAACAUCAAGACCAUGCCAAGCCGCCACACAAAGAGCGGAACACACCCUCGUCCAACAGAGAACGAGACUCCCAUGCUGGUACCCGACCUAAACAGAGGAACAACCGCUGGGAUGGACCGCAUGGACGACAACACUCACCUGGACAUCACUGGGAUAAAUCAUGGGACCAAUCAAGACCUCAUGAGAAUCAAUGGGAGAGAUUGUGGAAUCAACCAAGCUCAUUUGGAAACUCAAGAGGAAAAAACUCAUGGGAAUCCAACGGAACCUCCAAGGGAAAACGACAAACACACCCGGGAGCAACCAAUCCAAGGAAUCAACGAAGGAACUCGCAAAGAUUCCAAGCUGACCGAGCUCAAACUGAAUCCACACAAGAACAAAAGACAUCACCGUGUUUCGACUCACAAGAGCUGAUGAAAAUGAUGAUGAAAGAGUUCUUCCACCGAAAGGAGGAGGAUCGGAAGUGGGAAAAGAAAGAGAAACCAGAGUCAGCCUGACUAGCAGCCGGAAGAGAAGGCAGCAACCAGCUGACCCAACCAGCCACAGAGAGCAGCACUCCUUCACCUCACUCUCAGAGAACUGUAACCUCCAUAACUUCAGACGGACAAGAAAUCCCACCUGAACAACCUGCAAAACAGUCAGAAACUGACCCAACACCUGAUGCGUCAGAUCACAGCAGCGUCCA